UUUAAAAAAAAAAAGAAGAUAAAAUCAAAAAUAUACAACAAAAAGUACUGUAAUAUUUUAGCCAGAGUUGCUAGCGCGACAAUAGUAGAAGAAGAAUAAACAAGGUUUUUUGUGGUGGAAUUUGACCAUAUGCAUCUGAUGUAUUUGAAACUGUAGCAAAUAAAUCUUAGCACUAGUAUUAUUUUGCGAGAAAAACAGUUUGUAGAAGCUAACUUGCAGAAAAUUUAAAUCUUUUGUAAAUCUGAUCUGAGAGGGAUUGCAACAAGGAACUAGUUCAGCUUAAUGCCUGACAGACGUAUUGGGAAGAUUGUUUUUGGGUAAAAUUAGACAUCUGCCUGGUUGGUGUUAUGUUGAAGGAUAAUUGGGAAGAGAAGCAUGGUACCAACAUACCGGUUCACGGAACUUUUUCACAAGAGUUUCCAGGUACUCCUGUCGGCAAUAUGAGACUUCAACCUCUUCAAGGAUGUCCUCAUAAUGAUCGUCUUGCUGGGUCAUCAAGCAGAACAAAUGUAGCAGCUUUUACUUCUUCUAAGUCAAUGCCUGAUAGUUCCAUUCCUCCAUCAUCAAACUUGCAGUCUAUUGCUCAACUGGCAUCUAUGGAACCUGUGAGCUUCAGGCAUCAGCUUGACAAACAAUUUCAUCAGCAAAAUCAUGAUUUAGAAUCUAAAGUGAGUUCCAAUGAAGCGUUAGAUGGUUCUAAUUUACAAGAUUUGAUAAAGUUUCUCUCUGCCAAUUAUGGACCCAUGAAAACACCACUUGAAGUGGGAACUCCUGAAUAUCUGAAACUUGUUGAGAUCUUACAAAAGAACUCUGGUCAACCUAACGGGCUUUCAGGCCAGUUGAGUGCCAGAGGGAAUUCUGGUGAAGAUGUAUCUUCUAUUUCCAUAGAUAGUCAAGAAAACAUAACUGGGAAUGGCAUGAAAAAUUAUUCUGAUCUUAAUCCUCCCACGAUAGAUGAACAGAAGCCACCUUCUCAAAAGGAUACUCGUGUAUCUGCUGAAAAACUGUGGGAGGGAUCUCUUCAACUAAGUUCUUCUGUCACUUUGUCGGCGGUCACCUUCUUUAAAAGUGGUGAGAAAUUGGUUGGUAACAACUGGCCUGAACUCAUAGAAGUUAAAGGAAAAGUAAGAUUAGACGCUUUCGAAAAAUAUGUUCAAGAUCUUCCUCGCUCACGGAAUCGCGGAUUAAUGGUGAUCUCAGUACAUUGGAAUGAAGAAUCAUCAAACAUUGGGCUGGUUGGUAUGAAAGAGGUAGCCAAAGGAUACAAGAAAAGUUCCAGGGUUGGAUUUGCAAACCUUUCAUCGGGUAUAGAUCUAUACAUAUGUCCUCGUAGUGAUCCUAUUAUCACAAUUCUAGCCAAAUAUGGUUUCUUCAAAGGUAUGGCAGUUAUUGAUGACAAGCCUGAUUCAAUGAUUGGUUGUGUUGUGUGGCGUAAAAGCCGACCUGUAAAUCCUGUUGGGAACACAUCAGAAGGUAAAAGUAGCCCAGAUUCUAUUCAACUUUUGAAUUCCCCACCUGGUUUUUCCAUCAGUCAAGGCUCAGAAAAGAAACCCUCACCUGAAAAGCUACCUCCAGAAUCCAGUCAACAUGACACACGUCUGACUUUACCAUUGACAACAAACAGUGAAACUAGCAAGAACGUUGCAUUUACUGAAUUUGACCAUAAGGGGGCUAAUUCUUCAUCUAGUUCUAGCCUGCUACAGAUUUCAGUUAGUUCUGACCCGUCUAAUAUGGUUAAGAAAAGGCCUUUCGAGGAUGAUGAUCUUCCUGAGUUUGACUUUGGUAUUUCUAGUGGAAAGUCUACUCAUGUAACUCGGCCUCUAAAUCCUGCUAGUUCUGAGAACAACAAAUUAGCAUUUGUCGACUGUCAAAAGUUAGAUAGUUCUCUUUCACCUCAGCUCCCUUUGGUUGCUAGUUCUGAGAACAACAAAUUAGCAUAUGUCAACUGUCAAAAGUUAGAUAUUUCUCUUUCGAACCAGCUCCCUUUGGUUAAUGGUUCCUUAGAGCAGUCGUCGAAAAAGAUCAAACUCUUUGAGGAUGACGAGGAUGAUAUGCCUGAAUGGUGUCCACCAGAGGUUCAACACCAAAUGCCGUCACAAAGUACAAGCACAAACUUCCAGACUUUACCUCCAUGCCCACCACAUCUGUCGCUUCCCCUGCCUCCGCCUCCGCCUCCGCCCCCACCUCCACGUCCUAUCCCUCCACCGUCAAGAGCCGACACAAAUUCAUCAUUCUCUUACCAACCAUUCCGACCUGCAAUCAGUUCUCUACCACCCACUUUUGUUGGACCUCCACCACUGCCGCCAAUGCCACCACCGCCGCCGCUACCACCACUACCUUUUAACUCGUUAGGUGGGUUCAAUUCCAAUCAAGUCUCAUGGCAUCGGCCAGGUUCUUUCAAUGUCAAUCUGCCAUUUCCACCAUCUAAUGGAAGGCACUCACAACCUUGAAACAAAGGACCGGAGAUGCUAAGUUUCAGUCUGUGUCUAUGUUUGUACAUAAGUGGAACUUUUUUUUUUCUUCAGGAAAGUCAUAGAUUGGAAGGUGUAUUCAUAAAUUUCAUGUUGUAGAUUUUUUUUCCAUCAACCCUGUUUGUCUUUUCGCCUUCUUUUUUUUUUUUUUCUUUCUUUUUCUCAGAAAAUGUGAAAUAAGGUCUUUUAAGAUUUUCAGAUUUGGAGAAGUAUAUGUUUCUUGUUGAUCUUUUCAUUCUUUUGUAAGCACUAAUAUGGGUAAUUCCAUAAUUGUGGUAUGAAACGGGCUAGUUUGACCUUUUA